AUGGCGCCAAUUAAGCCAUCCUCGCGGAAUGAACCUGCGCCCACCCGCCCGCGACUGCAGUCCAUCAACCAAGAUUUCUCAGAUCUAGACGAACAACUUCGUCAAGCCGCGCAUAUAAUAGGGCUUCCAGGCGACUGGACGGUUAUAGAAGAGGGGGAGGUGCGAUCUACGGUCAUACAAACUCUUGUUCGCGCACGAGCAGAGUGGGUUCUGCGCUGGGUACUGGACAAAUUGAAGGAUGAGGCGGAUGCAGGCAAGACUGCACGGGGAAAUGCCACAGCAUGGCAGCUUUUGGACUGGAUGAUGCACGUGCUCCCAGUCUCACGUAGCGCACCACAUCUACGCGAUGCUGGCUUUCCUUCUAUCCUCGAGCGGACGCUACUGGAGAACUUCGAUAACGACUCUAGUCUCCAAUCCUCUACCUCUGAUGACGUCCACAUGGAGGAUGCUUCCGAGUCGAGUGAGACGGUUCGCGAGGAUUCUCAGCCAUCGCGGAAACGAAAGCGAGGAACAGUCAACACCAGUCCCUCGAAACGGGCGGCGCUUGUAUCCACCAACCGCAAACAGCUAUUUCAUGUAGUCAGAGCUGCUAUAGCCUCUAUCGCAAAUUUGGCUACGCCGGACAGCAAGAGCGAUGACAUCACACAAACUGAGCUUAUGAAAAUGGUGCUAAGGACCGAAAGCGCGCAAGCUUCGCGAAUCCUGAGGUUCUGGUUCACGGCUGUGCAUCAGAUCAUGGCUACCGCUUCAUCUUCGGUUCAAACUACGCCAAAUAUAGACCAGUACCUCGACCUUUCCCUUGCCCAGGGAAUAUGGGAACUGCGUGCUGUUGACUCGAAGGAUGAAGCAGGAGCCUCCGCUGAUGAAUUCAGCACGGAGUGCCUUGUCCCUGCUCUGUCACUUCUCGAUGGUCUCACGUCGACACGUCAAUCUGAGCAUACGCCAUGGUCAUCAAAGGCCGUCGACCGCGCGAUCCAAGUAAUUGAUAAGCUGUUAGCGAGGCAUUUGUUUGCGCCGUCUAGACAAGUUUUCUUCGCCGAUGUCCCUGUGGAGUCUGCCAACUCUGGCUCAAAGUUUCGAGAAGCGAAAGCGCUAGCUACCUACCUAGAACCGCUUCGUGCAAAGCUCCUCCAGGCUGCACAGAUUGAGGAUGCUGGUGAGACUCUGCCCGCCGACUUUGCGCGCCUUUUCGACGCCGUACCACAUCUACUAGACUUGGCCAUACGUGCUUCGCCCUCUAGAACACCUAAAGGCAGGCUCGUAGAAAAGCCAUGGAUCCAGGCGACCUUUCAAUCGCUUGCUGAAUGCGCAGGGUGCUCGCUGAGCGCUCCGCCAACGCAUGUCACACGCCAGACCGCUGUCGCUGCUCUUGGUGGCGCUCUUCGCACUCUUCAACUGCACAACGUUAGUAUCGAUUCUGAAACAUUGGAGAACCUCUUUUGGUACCAUUGCGGGGUCAAGUACCCUGAGCGCGAAGCCAAGGAAGUGCACUGGUCACUGAUUGCUUCCUUGAUUCAGCUUGAUCCUUCAGUGUUUGUUGCAGAACCAAAAUCAACCGGCCUCAAGAGUACACAAAAGCAACAGGCUGAUCUCGCGGAGUUCAUCUUCGAACAGAUAUCGGUCGUCGAGUUCGGCGUUGGCUUCGCUGAUGAUACACUGCCGGACGUCAUCGACCUAGUAAAGGUCGGCAAGCAAACCAGUUUCCGCACAGGAAGGACCGAAAUACUCGAACGCAUCAUUGUCCCACUAAUGUCGGCUUUCGCGCGAAACCGAAAUCUACUUGGUUUUCUCCGCAGGUGGGACCAUCAGUUAGUGAGGAGCUACAGACAUGACAACCGAAAGGCCCUAAAAGAGCGAAAAGAUCCUAUCUGGGAAGAUCGCACGAUCAACAAAGCUUUGAUGGGGUUACUCGAACAGUCUUUGACGCAAGGUCAGAUUGCAACUCUAAUGCAAGAGCACGCCAAGCGCAUGACUGAACUUGGCGACGCCAUGGAGACUGAAUCAAAAGAAGGCGUCAACGUCAAGAAACUCGCUGCUUACAAAAAUGCCUCGAGUAGCGCGGUAAUGCUCCCAGCCAUGCUACAAUCGAUCCAAUUGGAUGAGACUAUCGAAUCUCUCAAGCCACAUCUUCACUCACUACUCUUGUCCUACAUUACCUGGGUACAAGUCGAUCGCUACAGUUUGCAUUCACGGCUUGCCUUCUCCUGGUUCACUUUGUGCCAACUCUUGUCGAAAUUGUGGCCCAUCGAGCUACAUAGCUCCGCAAAGAUGCAACAAGAAUUGCUCAUUCCGCUCGUUGAACAAGCUACGAAGGACAUGUCUUCAGCACGCAAAGAUCAAAAUGGGAGACGCGUAGACUCGCUCACACGUGCAGCAGCGAUGCUUUUCUUGCUCGAUUCAUGCGACCAUUUGAAGACUGUACCAGGCUCCGAGGACCUGAUUCAGACAAGUCUACGCAAAGUUAUGAAAUGUCUAUCUUCUAGUCAUCUUGAGUCGAAGGAAUACGCGAAGAUGAUCGAGUUCUUUUGCGCCGAUUUUGUCAUCCUAUUUGGACAUCUGAACGCAGAGGCAUGUCAAGAGUCACUACAUACAUUACUCUUGAGGCUAUCAGAAUUUGACGUUGAGAAAGGUAGUCUCAUUAGUAGCUCGCUUUCUCGGUCAAUCAUCGAAGAAGGAAGCGCGUCACUCCAAAACGCGUACUAUACGGCGCUCCUAGAGAUCCUUUCACGGGACAAGGAGAGCCACCUGCAUGGCAUGGUUCUCAAAUCGUUCUUGCACACGCACCCUUCGGCGUUUCCGCGAGAAAGAAGGGAAGCAACGUUAGACCGGCUAACCGAGCUUGUUGCUUUGCAGCCAUGGGCAACAACUGAACUCCUCAGUGUUAUGGCGCAUCUAAUGGUGGUACCCAACGCAACAUCCAAGCUAUGCACCGAUGGCAGCGUCAUUUUCGACAUUGCUGAUAAGCUUAACAAGCAAGGCCGAAACUCGUCUGCAUCGCUGCAGCUAUUCCGGCAAAUCGUAAAGUCGAUCCUCGGCCAUGUCAUACCAAACCAAGAUCAAGCACAGAGCAACUUGUUCCUCGAUGAGUUUGCUGGUAUGCUUAACUCAAUCACGAAAGCGUCGAAGCAAUGUUCUGCGCCGAGACUCUCUAUCUUGCGUGCCACAAUCUUGGCCCAAAAACAAAUGGAGCUGCUUGACAUCAAGCGAUACGUUAAGCUGCUCCAACAAUGUCUCACUGACGAUGGUGAUGAAACUGCUCCCCUAGAGGAGGUUCUGGACGCCUUCAACGAUAUACCUACUUCCGCGCUGGAGAAAGCUGAUUACCUCGCUAAAACGGGGGCAUGGCUUCGCACAUGGGUCAAGGACAACAGCGACCUAGACUCCUACAUGGCGUCCCCCGGUCAAAGUCCACUUGAGUUGGGUGAAUAUGUUGCACGCCUUCACAAAACUGUGGCCAGAUUUAAGCUUUAUCCCAGCGAGAAGUGGCUCAUUGAUUUGACUCUAAGGCUGUCAAAAGAGCCGAUCGCCGACGGGUUGAAAAGGUCUGCGCUCGAAACAUUGAAGGGGGCUCUAUCGUCUCUUCCGACUCAAGACAAGCUGAGCUUAGUCCCUGUCUUGACUGAUGUCACCAAUCCACUUGAUCGAGCAGCAUCUUAUGGUAUACUCAAUGAUCUCAUCAUAACCUGGGACGACAAAAUUGAAGAGGGUGUCGGGUUGAAGCAGAAACAUCUCGCGUUACUUCCUAGAAUUUGUGUUCUGCUUGUCGAGAGUCCAGACCAUGCAUGCUUCAACGCCCUUCUCAACAGCAUCAACACUAUCCUUAACGAUAGACCCUCCUUCGCCUCGCAAUAUGGCAUCGAAUGCGUUCUCAGCGCCCUCGUCAAAGUCACUUCGCGAAGCAGCGCAGCGCUCUCAGCUCGCCACGCCACCGAUAUCUUCUCCCGCCUCUGCGAGACAAGCCGCCUCAUACUACUAGUACAUCGCGGUCGUCUAGGUGGGCGCUUCCACCUCCUCCUUCCACUGCUCCAGGGCCUGUUAUUCUGCCUGUUCAUUCCGAAUGUUAGCCGCAGUGGUGCUCUUCCAUCUUGGCUACGAACAGUCACUUCGACCGACCCUAUCCGCCUCAAGGCCGUAAACGCGAAUCAAUACUCACGCCUCCUCUCCACGCUUUGCAACCCCCCGCAAUCAUCUAUUACCAAAGCGCACCACUACCAAUCCUCUCGCAAAUCAAAAGAUCUCAACGACCCUGUCAAAGCCGCGCGCGAAAAGACGAGUCAAUUCCUUUACCCGCUUCUUGCGUCGUUUUGCCGCUUCCAAUUGAACGGAAGGCUAGAAGCGGGAGUGAGAGAAAAGCUAAUGGUGGGGAUAUUUGAGGUAAUCGGGACAGCGGGUUUGCACAAGGAGGCGCUUGAUGCCAUGUUUGCAGGUUUAGGUCGGAGCGAGAGAGACGUGUGGAGGGGCUUGUGGAGCGAGUGGGAGGGUGUUCAUGGACGGAGGCAGGUGCUUGGGCACGGCGAAUGA